AUGAAUAAAAAUGAACUAGUUCUAGAUUCAGAGAAGGAUGCUUCAAGUCCGAAUGUUAGUACAGAGAAAGAGUUGUCACGUUUGAUUAUCAAUGAUGGACCUUUUCAACCUCCAUCAAAAUCAUCCGUUGGGACUGAGUCAACACUCUCCUCUGCUACUGCGGAAAUUUCUGAUUCUCUUGGUGGAAGCACAUUUCAGCACAGUGCUGAGCUUCUCUGGAAUCAGGGGGGUCGAGGUGAUGCAAGCGUUCACCACGACUCGAAAACUAAAUAUAAUCAAUUUCCCUUAAAGUCUGCUAAUCUUGAUACCCUUUCUCCGAUGGACCAUGUAUCUGAUGCUCCAUGGCAUUAUUACUUUCAUUCACAGUUGCCUGUCGCUUACAGUUUUCUCGAAUCAAGUGAAAUAAUCAGACAAAAGCUCUCAGGUCAACUUGCUGCGGAAAAGAAAUUAUCGCAGACACCCAACCCAUAUGAUGAUUCAAGUGCAAUCAGCACCUGGUCAAGUUGUAAGAAGGUACCGGAGAAUACGUGGGCUGAUUCCCAUAUUUCGUCGCCCCAUUUAAGCACCACUGCAUCAUCAAAAGUGGCUCCCACUGAAAACACACUUCAGAACCAAAAGAACGAAGGCACGGACAGGGGUCAAUCGACUAAUGUAGUCAACCAAUCAACGUAUUUCGGAGCAACCAAAACUCACCCUAAUUAUGACAAGAAACAAACACAACCACAUUCUAAAGUCUCCGAAAGUAAUAAAAGACCACCAUUAGCCCAGACUGGUUCGUCAAGCAGUGUUUCAACUUUUUCAGACUUGGCGUCAAAUGCCCACAAUAAUCAGUUUGGUCCUGGUGUACGCGCAAAACUCAAUACAGUAUUGCCUAGUCUGAUUCAAACAAUCCCAUUGUCGGGGAGCAGGACCAUUUUCAUAACUGAGUACGGAUGCAUGAACUCGCGCGCUGUCCAUUUGUUUCGAACAAUCAUUGAGAAGUUUGUUACUCGCGUUAUGGAAAAGGAAUUGAAUGACUCUUCUUUUCAGAAAAAGAAACAAUUAGAACCGCAACGUGCUUCAAGAAAUGGAUUCCCGGAGGAAACGGCGGAUAUAGUCAACUUUAUGGUGAUUCAUGAAGACUCUAAUCAAUCGGAAAUGCGUUCAUUCCAACACAUGCUGGAAACGCACCCGGACUCGUAUUUGGAUCCUCUAUGGCAAUCGUCGCAUAGUCCAUCUCUUCAACACGCAAUUUUCUCUACACUUGCGACUCGCCCCUUUGGGUCAAGGAUUGUGCCGCCUGAUUCUUUGCAUCUUGGAUUCAGUUUGAUGGACAUGCACUGGACACAUGCACCCACAAACAAUGUAUCGAUCGCUUCUAUGGCUCAUGCGGAGCUGACUAUGAGCUUGAACGCUCGGGCGCGCGAGUUCAGACGCGGGGGUAUAUUUAUAUUGGCAUUUGUUGCGAGAUCUGAAGUUACAGCAGUCGACGAAAAUGGCACCAAGAACUCAAAAAGUGACGUCAGAUCAGAGCUCGGAGCGAGUGCGAUAGAAGCGAAACGUGUGUCGAAUUCGCCAGCAGCCAUCUCAGAGCAAGAUGGAUCGCGCCUUGCGAGCAUCCAGGGACCUAUUAUGGAACCGAACCCUCGAGAUAUUUGGGCGACAAUGUCAGACAUGAUUGUUCCGUGUCUCCAGCGACUUGUUUCAUGUGGUAUGAUGAAAGUCGAUGUUGCUCGUCAGAUGCUAACAUUGCCCAUGCACCCAAGGUCUGUCUCCCAAACCUUACGUGUAUUGGAAAAAUUCAACAACGUCUGGUCUUUGGAUUGGAGUUGUGGGCUAGGAAAGUCAGACUUGAAUGAGAUUGUGACGGACACGGGUGGUGUAGUCACAUUACAAAGUGAGCCGAACGCAUUACGCCUCCCUCAACCAGCUUGGCUAGCACUAAAGGCUGGGAAGAUUACACAUGCAGCUUAUCAUGAGCACGUCAUUCACAUGUUCAAAAAUUUGUAUGAAGGGCAUUUUCGAGUUGUGCUGAGAGAGCGUGGACAAUUAAGCAAGGGUGCUGUGGAAUUUAUUUUGGAUUCAUUAUGGGAUGUCUUGCGUUCUCGAAUCGACGAACCCGAGUCAUUUCCUCUGGCAAAUUGUGAGCUCGAAGUGCAAUUGCUUGCACUCCGAAGACUUUAA